AUGAUUCCAUACUGGACUAAAUAUUAUGAUUCAGAUUCUAAUGGAAAUAUUCGAAAUGUUAACACUACACAAGAGUUGAAGUCUAUUACAUUAAGCAUUAUCAAUAGAGUUGCAUUCGAUUUCAAUAUAGAGAUAUUUGAUAAGAAUCCUGAACACAGAGACGAAGUACAUGGUUGGAUUUCUGAUUUAUUAGUUGGUUUAUUAUACAAGUUUGUAUUCCCUGAAUGGUUAUUCGAAUAUGUUCCUUUUGGAAUUUUCAAAAGAUUUAAAGAUGCAAAGAAUAGAUUCAGAGAGACAGCCAUGAAGAUGAUUCUCAAAAAGACAAAGGAAUAUGAGAAUGCCAAUCAAGUGAAAGAAGAUGAAGAUUUACUAAGCUUAUUGUUGAAAAGCUCCAAUAAUGGUAAAUUAACAGAGGAAGAACGUUUGACAAAUGACGAAUUGGUUAGUGCCAUUUUCAUUAUUUUCUUUGCUGGAUUUGAAACAAGUUCCAAUUCUUUGAACUUCAUGUUGAGAUUGUUGGCAACCAGACCAGAAAUACAAGAAAAACUCAUUGAAGAAAUUGAUAAUGAAAUUCCAUCCAUGGAUUCAAUCAAAUCAAAAGAGAGUUUAAUAAACUUAAAUAUUUUACAACACUCAAUUUAG